AUGCUGGGGCUGUCUGCUGCUGCUGCUGCUGCUGCUGCUGCGGGGCUGGAAGCAGCUAUUUCGCUCUUCAGUCCCCUCGCAGUUAUGCAGGAACUUGUGGCUCCGGGGGGAUUUAUUUGCCAUUCUUUUUUAAAUGAUUAUGGAGGACUCACCAGCCACUUCGAGCUCUCGGGCUCUCCCUGGAGGCACAUCCUCAGCAGCCCCAAGCAGUUCCCCCUCCACGUGCUGCUCGGGUUUCUGUUUUCCUUCGGAGGCAGCAGCGCAGUGCUGGGGCACGAGGGCGAGCUGGUGCAUGCACUUCGGAGCCACAAACCCAACUGGAAAAUGACAGCAGCAGUUGAAAAAGUUCAAUUCCAUGACGACAAAAUCCAACUCGACGAACAAACAGAAGCAGCAGCAGCUUCCUUCGGAGUCACCCAAGACAUCAUGCACAAACUCGCCGAAAAAAAGGUCAGCUUGCUGGCGGUGGGCGGCUUCUGCGACUCGGCGACAGCCCGCGGCGCCAUUCGGCUUUUCUCGUACAUGAAGGAGCACGCGCCGGAGAGUCGGCCGCAGCUGAUUCUGGGGAACUGGAGCCACGGAGGCCGGCGGAGCUGCGACCCCUUUGGAGGAUCUUUUUCUUGUUUUGAAAAUGAUUUAUAUAAAACUAUUCUCCGCUUUUUUGACUGCCGACUUAAAAACAAAUGCUGGGGCAAAGCCGAAGAAGAACUCCCCGUCCAUUACUGGCAGACAGGUGCUGGAGAGUGGCGGGCUUCGAGCAGUUUUCCGCCGGAGGAAGAAAUGCAGAAUUUGGAUUUUCAUUUAUCAAACAAACCCUUGAAAGAAGCUCCUGAAGUUGAAGAAUCGGAAGAAGUGUCGGCUGCUGCAGCAGCAGGCCUCGAAGUUUUGGGGCUGCAUGCGCAUGCAGACGGGCUGGAGCAUGCGCUGCAUGACAUAACACAGCGCGUGCAACUUUACGCAAGUUUGCUGCAGCUGCAGGAGGAGGCGGACGGGGCUGCGGAGGAGGAGGGUCCCGCUGCAGCAGCAGCAGCAGCAGCAGCAGCAGCAGCGGAGCCAGCGGGCGCUGCAGCAGCAGCAGCAGCAGCAGCAGCAGUGACGCCCCUGAAGAAGCUCUUCGGCCUCCUCAAAGACCCCAAACGAAAACCCUCGCGGCUCUGGCGACUUAUUGCUGCUUUUGUUGCAGCACUUUCUUUAAAAAGAAGUCAAAGCAGCAAAACAAAUCCAAAAAGCAGCAGCAGACUGCAGCAGCUGAAGCAGCUCUUCAAACACGACAGCAACGCCUACCUGAUGACUACAGAAGCAGCAGCCAGCUCGCCAGAGUAUCUUGACUACGUUGUUGAAUAUUUGUCUUCGAGCGGGCUGUACUCGCGGUGGACGAUAGCGCAGCACCCGUUCCGGCUGUCAGUGAAUUACGGGAACCGUUUAUACCCUAAAAGAGAGUUUCCUUCUUUCAGUUUGACAGUAGUUCCUUCGCUGCCGCCUGCGGAGCCUUCCGGGGCUGCUUCCGUGCUGCAGCUGCCGCUGUUUCCGGAGAAAAACGGGGAAAAAGCGCAGCAAAACGGGCCCGAAAUCGCGGAAAAAGACCCGAAUUUGCCCCGCAGCAGCCUCUACCUGCAGCAGCAGCAGCAGCAGCUGGCCAGGCCGCUCUCCUUCCUCUCGCCGCCGCUGCUGCUGCCCACGGACUUCGUCGGCAGCGCCUUUCUCCAGUUGUCCAUUCAAGUUUUCAACUGCAACGAAUUGACUUUGUUUGCCUACUUGGAAGACGUCGACCUCGACACUGGCUACGCCCACUACGUCACCGAGGGCCAGGUUGUCGCUUCGAAUCGUCCGCUGCAAGUCCGCAGCGACCUGCCGGUGGGCGCGUACGGGCGGGUGGAGCGGACCUUCAACCGGCGGGAAAACCGGGCGAUUGACGCGCGCGGCGAAACCGUGGACGUCUCCCUCAACUUCGAACCCAACGCCUGGACCCUCCGCCCCGGCCAUUCUCUUCGCCUCGUCCUCACCGGCAGCGACUUGGCGAACUUUCGGCUGCCGGCGGCUGCGGCGGCGCUGCUGCCUUCGCAGUGGCGGCUGCUGACGGACUCCGCCGUUUUGUCGCUGCCCGCCAGAGUCCGCGGGCGGGACAAAAGCUCCAUUUCUCCUCUUCAAACUCCAAAUUAA